AUGUUUUUUUACCCCAUGAAGAUUUUAUUAUUAAAACUUCAGAUUAUUAUAAAAAUAUCCCCUAAAUAUUUUAAUGACCCAGAUACAGAAAUUAAUAUCAGAUUAUCAUCAUUUUUAUUUAAAUAUUCACACAAAUUAGAAGGAAUACCACUUAGUUAUAAAAUUAUAGGAAUCUUUCCUUUUGGAAAUAUAAUUUGUGAUAAUGAGUGUAUUUAUUUAAAAACUGUUGUAGAAUUUACCUUUUUAUCUUUUAAAAUUGGAGAUGUAGUUUAUGCAAACGAAGGUGUUGUAUUUGGAGUUAUUUGUGCAAAAAUAGAUGGUAAUGAUUUUUAUACUGGAAAUCUGAAAAUAAAAGAUAUUGAUAAUACUAAUGGGGAGUGUAGUGUUAUUAUAGGGGAAAUGAUAUAA